CUCAAGAGUGUUGACGUUGAUGGCUGACGUAUCAGCGCGGCCGACCCCCGCCGCUGCUUGUGCCGAGCCGGUUCAAACCAUCACGUUUGAGUCCCCCGUGCAUGAGCCGCACGAGGCCGCCACCUUCCGCCUCGGGUCUUCCCGGAGUCACCACCACGCAGACGAUGUGCUGGAGGCGAUUGCCGAGGAGGCUGCUGACGUGCCGACCUUACAUGCAGUGACGUCUUCAUUGCAAGAGAAUCAUGGAGACGCGGAGAAGAAGACUGGCGGUGCCUCUGGUCACGACUCUAGUGGUGUUGUUGUCAAUGCCGAUUCGGAUGAGCCUGUGGUGACGAAACUCAUUCCUGAUUCAGCCAGUGGCACGCACUCAUCCCUGCCGAUGAUGUUCUGCCAGCCUCAUGAUUAUUGCGACGAGGAACUUGUGGGAGAAGUGGCUGCUGCUGAGAAAGAGGCGGCAGAGGUGGAGGUGCGGCUGGACUCGCCUCGAAAGGAUGAUGUCCUCGACGCCAAGCAGGGACACAGUCGACCCCUUGCCCAGCCCCAUGCUGUCGCUGCUGCUGCCGCGUCCGUGAGCGUGCGCGGGCCGCCUGUGCAGCAGUCUGAUGUGUUGCAGAACCUGCUGGAUGCCUAUUCUCGUGAGGAGGGCGACAAGUGGGGCAAGGGAGGAUGGCAGGCCUCAGCGCCAAGGUGGGUGAGAUCUGUCAGCAGCACGACACUCUUCUGCAUUCAUCGAUAUGUGUGCGCGUACUCCCUCUCGUCCACUCAGGGUGCCGACGAAUCGCCGCCUUUCCUUCGUCGACCUUCGCUCAGCGGUCCAUCGAGAGGUGAUCCAUGAGAUGGAAGAAGCGGCCAACAAAGAAGACGCGACGACCAAGAAGAAGCCUCCCGCCACCCGGCGCUUCCUCAAUCCUCGAGGCCUCACACCCAAGCUGACCAAGCAGGAGGACCUUCUCCCAGCCCGCACACGGUCUCUCCACAGCCCUCCUCCACCCAGGUCCGCCACCAGACCAGCGCCAAAGAAGCCGCCUGUGCGUCGUUUGUUCGGGACGGUAAUAGAGCAGCGCACGAGUGUGCUGGAAACCAGGGAGAAAGAGGACAACCGGAGGAGCGCACGGGAGAGGGGCAGGAGCAGUGUGGGUAGGAAGAGGAGUCCCACCGCUCCCCUACCGUCACCUCAGGCGACUGGGCGCCGACUCACCUUGAAGGACGAAGCAGGAAAGGUAAGGAGACCGAUAAGGACAUCAUGUCGCUUUCAUGGCUAUGUCUCUCUGUUCUCAGACCGCAGCGACCGUAGCGAGCACGUCCGUCACGCUGCGAUGGCCUGUCAAGAACUCUCCCGAAGGCUUCCGCUGGCCCAAUCGCAUCGAGCCCAUCUCCCUCGACGACCUGACCAGCCCACGGUCCGAGGACGUCGCCACGCAGAAGCUGCCCCCGACUCGCGAGAAGAAGCCAUCCUUUUUCGGGCCGCUCAGGACGGUGGUGCUGGACACACCUGCAGUGAAGGACGCUGUUCCCAAGGAAGCCAGCCAGACCCCGCCGAAGGCUCCCAUCCCCAACAGCAACGAGGCCCCAGCCAACACAGAAAAGGCAGAAGGAGAGGGAGAGGGAGGGAUGGCGGAAGGGGUGGUCUCCACCCCCGUGCCGCCCAUCCACUACCCAUAUGUGUGUCCGCCUUUCCCUGGUGUGCCCCGCCACUCGUUUGCUGCACCCCGCAACGUGUCAACGCCCCACCUACACAAGGCUGUCCCCGUCGCCGUCCCGCCUGCUGCGGCUCACGCGAUUGUCCCCCCGAGACGGUCGGAGACGGGCACGAGAGUUGUGCGGAUGCCGUCCCAUGGGCCGCCAAUGCGCCGCCCACUCAGUCAAGGAACUUCAAUGCGGCGGGCGCCCAGCCUGCCUCGGUCUGGCUCUCUUGGUGGCUUCUUCCAGAUGCCUGUGUCUCGACCCCCGUCUCGCCACCACCAUUUGCCGCUCCCCCUGCCUCGGCCUCACUCGCCGCGUGUCAAGAGCAAGCCCCAGGCUGGAGUGCGGACGUGGGUGGUGAUGGGGCAGCCCCGUGUGCUUGGAGUGCGUCGUCUGCCGGCGGUGUGGGCCAACGGCGGCUGGCAGGCAGCACCCACAGAGGCGUCCUUGGUGCAGAAGCAGGGCAAAGGCGGCCAGGAGUGAUGGAGGACAACUUCGGAAGGGCCACCUGGUUGCAUGUCGCAGGGACGCCCAGCCUCAUGCAUGCCACCUUCUGAAUGGAUGAUGCGUGAGAUUUUGUUUGGACGGAUCCCGUGACUGACAGAGGAUGAGACAGAACGUGCAGCGAAUCAAAUGGAUUGAACUAAU